GUGGUUUUGUAAAUUUGUUGCUAAAAAAUGGAGGCCACAGAGUUGUAGCAAAGAGUGGUUUCAUUGUGCCUUUUGGCCUUUAUUUUCUGGGUUUUGGGGAUCCUUUCUUUAGCUUAAAGUUCCAUCGAGAAAGUUGAGUUCUUUCGACAGCAGGUUCAAGAAGUAAUGGCAGACUGUGACCCUACUUUUCCAUCUCCCACAGACAAGGUGCAGAAGAAGUCCACUUCAUUCCCCAAGUUGCUCACUGGUUUUACUUUUAAAGCAAUUUCUGAUAACACGGAGUCAAUUAUGAGUCCAAAAUCCAUACUUGAUAGCAAGCCGUUCUUAGCUUUCAAGAACCCUUUUUGGUCUGAAUCAAGCACACCUAGAACCCCAGAACCUGAAGCCAAACACAAACUUGGUUCCAAAGGGAUUGGUCUUGCCAUUGUUGAUUCUCUCAAAGAUGAUUGUUCUGAUCCCAACUUGUCAAAACCUGUCCUUUUUGGCUCACAACUUAGGGUCCAAAUCCCAUCUCUUCCCCAUGUCGUUUCUCCAUCUGAAUCUCCAAGAACACCACCUGAGCUUAGUAUCAAGACAAUAACAUCCCAGUUGAGUUCCUUCUCUUCUGUCUUCAUUGGUAAUAGUCUCUCAGCUUCUGAAAUGGAACUCUCAGAAGAUUACACUUGUGUAAUAACUCAUGGAACCAAUCCUAGAACCACACAUAUCUUUGAUGAUUGCAUUGUGGAGACAUGUAGUGGAGUUGCUGGUUUCUCUUGUUCCAAUGGAACAAGUUUCCAACCAGAUAAUUUCCUCAGCUUCUGCCAUGCUUGCAAGAAGAAUCUUUCUCCUGGAAAAGACAUUUACAUGUACAGAGGGGAGAAAGCAUUCUGCAGCAAAGAAUGCAGGUACCAGGAGAUGAUGCUAGAGGAAGGGACAAAUCAACUAGAAUCUGAUGACAUCUACAAGGCAUGAUGCAGAGGGGAAAAAGUUGUUCAUCACAUUGAACCUUGUUUUCUGGUAAUUGUAGAAUUGGUUUUUCUUGCAAAUGAUAAUCUGGGGUGUUUGU